UGUAUCCUUCCAAGAUUUCCCAACUCAUGUCCUCUAUCUAUAUAUAUAUAUAAAAAGAAAGUCAGUGCCACCCUCCUUCACUAACAUGUGAACCCACCCUAGCUAGCGGCGGCACCCCACUCCCUCACUACCUCCCUCCCUCAGGGACUCGCUUCUCGCUUGUAUAUAAGCUCAAUUCACAAGAAAAUUGGUAUAUCCUGAAACACUGCCAGGAACUCAAAAUCCAAGAUGGGUUUUAAGUGCCGAGUUUUGUUUUCCAUUUUUUGUCAAUGUAUGCUUUUGCUUUUGCAAGAAGCCAUAGCUGGACAGCACUACUACAAUGUUAGCAGGUUGAAGGGGAGAAAGCAAGUGAGUGGUUGUGAUUUGUUUCAAGGGAGAUGGGUGGUUGACAGUUCUUAUCCUCUCUAUGAUUCCUCUGGCUGUCCAUUCAUUGAUGCUGAGUUUGAUUGCCAAGGGUAUGGCAGACCUGAUACUCAGUAUCUCAAAUACUCCUGGCAACCCGAUUCUUGCAAUAUACCAAGGUUUAGCGGUGCAGAUUUUUUGGCUAGGUGGAGAGGGAAGAAGAUAAUGUUCGUGGGGGACUCGCUGAGUCUGAAUAUGUGGGAAUCAUUAGCAUGCAUGAUUCAUGCUGCCGUGCCCACUGCCAAGACAACUUUUUCAAAGCGGAACUCCGUGACCUUCGUUGACUACGGUUUAACGUUGUACAUGUAUCGUACACCAUACUUGGUAGAUAUUGUUCGAGAAAAUGUUGGCGAUGUGUUAAACCUAAACUCCAUAGAGGCUGGCAAUGCAUGGAAAGGGAUGGACAUGCUCGUCUUCAAUUCCUGGCACUGGUGGCUUCACACUGGAAAGUCCCAAGGAUGGGACUACAUCCGGGAUGGACCAGCAUUGUACAAAAACAUGGACCGCUUAGAAGCGUUCAAUAAAGGAUUAACCACAUGGGCCAGAUGGGUUGACCAAAAUGUUGAUCCUUCUAAAACUAAAGUCUUCUUUCAGGGGAUUUCGCCCACACAUUAUCAGGGCAAGGACUGGAAUCAGCCACAAAAGAGUUGUUCUGGAGAAGCAGUGCCCCUAUCGGGGUCUACAUAUCCGGCAGGUGCACCUCCGGCGGUUGGUGUUGUAAGCAAAGUGUUGAGCUCAAUUACGAAACCAGUUUAUCUACUUGACAUAACAACACUAUCACAAUUAAGAAAAGAUGCUCAUCCCUCAACUUAUAGUGAUGGAUCUGGCACAGAUUGCAGUCAUUGGUGCCUGCCUGGAUUGCCUGAUACUUGGAACCAACUCUUAUAUGCGGCCCUCAUCAUGUGAAGGUCAACAUCAAAAUCUCACUUUAGUUUUCUCUUUUUCUUUCCUUUCGUAUAGAAUUGUAUAUUUAUGGGGGGGGGGGGGGCAAGAAAUUCUCAUUUACUCCCGAGGAGGCAAAAAUCAAAUGUAAAGUGAUUGAUUUUCUUAAUCACAAUAAUUACCCUAAGAUGAUACAAAGAUAGGUGACAGAUGCAAAUGGCAUCUGAUGAUUGUGUGAAGGAAGUAGAAGUCCAUUGGGAAUUAAGCUUAAGUUUGUCCAUGUAUUGUCAGGCUUGUUUGCUGUUGUUUAAUUAGACUUUACAGAUAGUGAUUUUAUGAGUAGCCCAUAUUGAAUGUUGAAA